AUGGAGAUAAUUUCGCAGCGUGGUACAUCCCAAAGAACAGACGGUGGUUUCAUCUAUCGUUUUGAUAAGAAUCUUAAAGAUGGUAGUGAGGCGUGGCGAUGCACUAAGAGCGGAUGCAAAGGGCGAGUGCGCGUUGUGAACGGUGAAGUGCAUCUGAAGAGUGAUCAUAACCACGUGCCGAAUCCCACUGAAGUGGCCGUCAAGCAUUACCUAUCGUCGAUUCGUAAUCGAGCGUCGUCCAGUCAAGACACGCCGAAGAUAGUUCUCGAACAAGAGCUCUCCCUUCUUACCGAAGAUAGCAUUGCUCAACUGCCCAAAUAUGAAGCAUUGCGUCGAAUGAUUGAACGAACCAGAAAG